ACUCCACUACCAGUUCAUCAUCAAACACAACUACAAUCAAUCAAAAAGCAGUCAAAGUUUAACCAAACACAUAACUUGAAGAAUAUGGACAACAAGCAAAACGUGAGCUACCAAGCCGGUCAAGCCACUGGCCAGACUAAGGAGAAGGCAGGUGGUAUGAUGGACAAGGCUAAGGAUGCUGCUGGUUCCGCUCAAGAAUCCUUGCAACAAACGGGACAACAAGUGAAGGAGAAGGCACAAGGAGCUGCUGAUGUCGUCAAGGACAAGACCGGCAUGAACAAAAACAACUAAUCACUUUCAACUUCUUUUUCUAAUUAAUUCCCCUCUUCGACAUAUGAUUAAUAAAUUGGGGGUUUUAAUUCUCAUUCCUGCCACUUUCUGAUGUUGUUUUCUUGUUUUCCUUUUGGAUGUUUAAUUAUGUAAUCUUAUCGAUAUAGUUAAUAAAAGUUUGUCAAAAAUAAUGAAAGCAAAAGAAGAUAUAAAGUAACACAA